CUUGGAAAGUAUGCCCACUACACACAUGAAGUGUCCAUCCUAUGCUUUGUGCAUGAAAUAUGACAAAUUAUGAGUGUUUUUGUUAAGAGAGGGAUGUCAUUUUAGGAGCCAUAAGAUAAUUGUUUUACAUAAACUUAGAAAAGUGACAAGUCACGCCCCUGUGUGAGGUCUGAGAGCGUGUCAGAACAAAUGAAUUAACAUAUCAGCCCAGAGACUUAGAGCUGCAGCUUACAUUUAAAGGGGUCUGAACUCUGAAUCUCAACCAUUCUACUACUAUAUUAAAACCAUCGUAUUAUGCUACUUUCAUCACCCCACUGGGAACCAUCGAUACGGCUGGCUAGCCUAUCUUCAGGAGCGAAUGGAAGGAAAAUCAACUCUGUAGUUCUGUUCAGGACUACACGACAAGUCACGGGAUAGCGGACAACUACAGAGAAGAACAACAGUAGAAGACUUGUUGGAAACAUUUUUGGACAAUCAGAGCCUAACAAGCAUGCCACGAAAAGGCCCAACCCCCUUUCCAAGGCAGCUCGGUUCCGAGAGUGAUACAUGGCGAACCAAGGCAUUUCACGUAAAUACAUUCACAAUUUCUAAAUCCAAGCGGGCGGCGGUUGUGUGCAAAGUAUAGGAGUACUGUAAGUGAGAGGAGUUUCUAAAUGUACCAACGUUAAGUGUCUCUGUCCCUCUCUCCCUCUCCAUGUCUUUUGUAGCAAGUAGCCAUAUUGUUGUCAGUCCUCUAAAGACCUGUUUUUAAUGAAUUAAAUGUGUAUGUUUAUUCUGUGGUACCAUUUAAUUAGCUAGUAAAUACAGUAUAUAAUUAAACCAAUUUGUGUUGUACUGAAUCUUAAGUAAGGCUCUGUUUUUUGCAGAUGCAAGGAGGUUACGACUGUUCAGAAGGAUGAUAUCAUAUGAGGUGUGCAAGUGUCCUCUCUCCUGGAAAGCUCCAUUGUUCAGUUCUGGAGGUGACAGGACUGGCUUCAUUUCUGUUCACAAGUUUGUGGCCAAGUGGAGAAAAACGCUGCAGACCUGUCACGGUGAUGUGUCUACGAUUUUGGACCUCUUGGCCAAACCUGGCUGUAAUUUCCUGGAACAAGAGGACUUAAUUCCAUUCCCGCAGAUAAAGCUUUACACAAUUUUAAGAAGUAUUGAAAACUGACGGCAAACACAUUGAAGAGAAAACAUGCCCCUAAGACAUCCUCCACCAUCAAGCAAAGCACAUUACCGAAGACUCAAAAAUCCAUUGACAAAGCCGUGGUGAAGUAUGUGGUCCAAGGGCUCCAACCAUUUGCUGUUGUAAAAUAAGAACCGUUCAGAGAGUUUGUCCAGGAUCUGCAGCCGAACUCAAAGAUCUUAUCAAGGCCCACACUGUGCUCUAGGAUUGAUGAAGCCUCUGAGGAAAUGAAGAAGAAGGUGACUGAGGCCUUGAGAAGAGUUGACCACAUCGCCACCACCACUGACUGCUGGUCUGUAAGAAGACGGAGCUUCAUUGGUGUCGCAGUCCACUGGAUAGACCCUGACAGUCUCACAAGAUGCUCUACAGCAUCUGAUGGAUGCGCUACAACUGGGACUGAAGAAGCGCUUUAGCCACAUGUUUCACUACCCUGAGCUGAUAGGAGCUGCAAUCCUCCUCCCCAAAUUCACCACAAAUUCCCAACAACGUGGACAAAGGAUGACGCAACAUCAGAUUGUGUAAGACAACAUGUGGUUAAUUAACAGUAUUUUAUUAUUCAUCAACAACUGUGUAUAGUGUACAUUUUGACACUUCAUAGAUUUGAGAACCACCCAUUUAAACCUCAUUCCUGACUUUGUUGUUCAGUCCAAUGGGUAGCCUAUUUCGCCAUGUUGCUUGGUUUAUAUAAACUCAGUAAAAAAGAAAUGUUCCUUUUUCAGGACCCUGUCUUUCAAAGAUAAUUUGUAAAAAUCAAAAUGACUUCACAGAUCUCAUUGUAAAGGGUUUAGACACUGUUUCCCAUGCUUGUUCAAUGAACCAUAAACUAUUAAUGAACAUGCACCUGUGUGGAACGGUCGUUAAGAUACUAACAGCUUACAGACGGUAGGCAAUUAAGGUCACAGUUAUGAAAACAUAGGACACUAAAGAGGCCUUUCUACUGACUCUGAAAAACACCAAAAGAAAGAUUCCCAGGGUCCUUGCUCAUCUGUGUGAAUGUCCCUAAGGCAUACUGCAAGGAGGCAUGAGGACUGCAGAUGUGGCUAGGGCAAUAAAUGGCACUGUCCGUACUGUGAGACACCUAAAACAGUGCUACAGGGAAACAGGACGGACAGCUGAUCACCCUCGCAGUGGCAGACCACGUGUAACAACACCUGCAUAGGAUCGGUACAUCCGAAAAUCACACCUGCGUGACAGGUACAGGAGGGCAACAACAACUGCCCAAGUUACACCAGGAACACAAAAUCCUUCCAUCAGUGCUCAGACUGUCCACUAUAGGCUGAGAGAGGCUUGACUGAGGGAUUGUAGGCAUGUUGUAAGGCAGCAACAUCACCGGCAACAACAUCGCCUAUGGGCACAAACCCACCGUCGUUGGACCAGACGGGACUGGCAAAAAGUGCUCUUCACUGGCGAGUUGCGGUUUUGUCUCACCAGGGGUGAUGGUCGGAUUCACGUUUAUUGUUGAAGGAAUGAGGAUUACACCGAGGCCUGUACUCUGGAGCGGGAUCGAUUUGGAGGUGGAGGGUCCGUCAUGUUUUGGGGCGGUGUGCCACAGCAUCAUCGGACUGGGCUUGUUGUCAUUGCAGGCAAUCUCAAUGCUGUGUUACAGGGAGACAUCCUCCUCCCUCAUGUGGUACCCUUCCUGCAGGCUCAUCCUGACAUGACCCCGCAGCAAGACAAUGCCACCAGCCAUACUGCUCGUUCUGUGCAUGAUUUCCUGCAAGAUAGGAAUGUCAGUGUUCUGCCACGGCCAGCGAAGAGCCCGGGUCUCAAUCCCAUUGAGCACGUCUGAACCUGUUGGAUCGGAGGAUGAGGGCUAGGGCCAUUCCCCCCAGAAAUGUCCAGAAACUUGCAGGUGCCUUGGUGGAAGAGUGGAGUAACAUCUCACAGCAAGAACUGGCAAAUAUGGUGCAGUCCAUGAGGAAGAGAUUCACUGCAGUACUUAAUGCAGCUGGUGGCCACACCAGAUACUGACUGUUACUUUUGAUUUUGACCCCACUUUGUUCAGGGACACAUUAUUCCAUUUAUUUUAGUCACAUGUCUGUUGGACUUGUUCAGUUUAUGUCUCAGUUGUUGAAUCUUAUGUUCAUAGAAAUAUUUACACAUGUUAAGUUUGCUGAAAAUAAACGCAGUUGACAGUGAGAGGAUAUGGGAUGGGGAUGGAUUAAUGUAGGCUCAUAACUGCAUGAUUUAUAUUGACGUCUUCCUUGUAGUUCAGAAAUGGACUACAUCAAGGACCACCUGGAAGAACCCUCACUGCAGCUAGGUGAUGGCACCAGUUCAUCAGAUGAGGAGGACUUCUUCUCUGCCAUGAAAACGUCUCAAGCACAAGAAAGCUCCAAACAGCUGGACGGAUACCUGGCCUGUUUAGCUGAUCAAAUUGAGUUGCUCAAGUCCUUCCCGGCAGUCUGUAAGCUGUCUCUGAGGUUAAACACACCCUUACCUGCAUCAGCUGUUCAGCACUGCAGGACUUGUUUUCAGUCCCAGGAGUGCAAGGCUGGAUUCCAGAAACUUUGAAAAACAAUUUUUACUGAUGACGAACAUUCCAUUCUUCAACUUCAAGUAAUGACAGCUUAAUGCUAGCAAGCACAAGGACAUGGAUGCCUCAUGCAUUUUGUUAAUUUAUGUGUAAAAUUCACAAGUUAUAGUUGUCCUUGUUAAAAGGCUUGACCCGACACACUCAUUUCUGAUACAUUUCCAUCAGUUGUCCUGUCCUCAUAUUCCUACAGUGAGGUUGUGUGUACUUUUGAUGAGUUCAAUUUUUUCCCCUAUGUAUAGGGUUCUAUUUUUAGGAUGUUUUUUCCAAAGCAAAGUGACUGUGUUUGUAAGUGCUUAGGUUUACUGGCUAUAUUCCUUAAAACCUCUUGAAACUCCCCAUCCCGGAUCCGGGAUCGUGACUAAAGCCUCAGGCUCAUUAGCAUAACGCAUCGUUAACGAUUUCUGAAAAUCGCAAAUAAAAUGAAAAUAAUGCGCCUACUCUCAAGCUUAGCCUUUUCUUAACAACACUUUCAUCUCAGAUUUUCAAAAUAUGCUUUUGAACCAUAGCAAUUGACUAAUUUGUGUAAGAGUAUGCUAAGCUAGCUUAGCAUUUUGAGUAGCAUUUAGCACGCAACAUUUUCACAAAAACCAGAUAACCAAAUAAAUAAAAUCAUUUACCUUUGAAGAGCUUCGGAUGUUUUCAAUGAGGAGACUCUCAGUUACAUAGCAAAUGCGCAGUUUUUCCUGAAAGCGUCUGUGUGUAGGAUAAAUCGCUCCGUUUUGUACAUCACAUUUGGCUACCAAAACGAACCGAAAAUUCAGUCACCUACAACGUCAAACUUUUUCCGAAUUAACUCCAUAAUAUCGACCGAAACAUGGCAAACGUUGUUUGGAAUCAAUCCUCAAGGUGUUUUUUCACAUAUCUCUUCAUUGAUAUAUCGUUCGUGGAAGCCUGCAUUCUUCUCUGAAUUCUGUGGAAAAAUACUUGCCGCUGACUUUUGCGCACCAAUUUCGGCGCAGGACACCGGUCGGACACCUGGUAAAUGUGGUCUCUUAUGGUCAAUCUUCCAAUGAUAUGCCUACAAAUACGUCACAAUGCUGCAGACACCUUGGGGAAACGACAGAAAGGGCAGACUUACUCCUCUCGCAUUCACAGCCAUAUAAGGAGACAAUGGAAAACAGAGCCUCAAAAAUCCUGCUCAUGUCCUGGAUGCCGUCUCAUCUUGGUUUUGCCUGAAGCUCACGUUCUAGGGCACGCACAGAAAAUAUCUUUGCAGUUCUGGAAACGUCAGAGUGUUUUCUUUCCAAAGCUACCAAUUAUAUGCAUAGUCGAGCAUCUUUUUGUGACAAAAUAUUGCGCUUAAAACGGGCACGUCUUUUUAUCCAAAAAUGAUAUAGCGCCCCUAGAGUUUCAAGAGGUUUAAUUAUUAAGGCAUAACUGUAUUUUGUCUGUAAGAGAUGUAUUUUGAAGUGAUGCCUAUUUGAGAAUCCACAUAAGUUACUUUUCAGAAAAGCUCAAACCAAAUAAAAGGUCUGGCUGUUUUGCUUUUUGGA